AUGGCCGCGCUGAGCAGCGCGCAGAUCCCCGAUGGGGAGUUCACUGCCGUCGUGUACCGGCUCAUCCGCGAUUCGCGCUACGCCCAGGCCGUGCAGCUGCUGGGCGGCGAGCUCCAGCGGAGCCCGAGGAGCCGCGCCGGCCUGUCGCUGCUGGGCUACUGCUACUACCGCCUGCAGGAGUUCACGCUGGCGGCCGAGUGCUAUGAGCAGCUGAGCCAGCUGCACCCCGAACUGGAGCAGUACCGCCUGUACCAGGCCCAGGCCCUGUACAAGGCCUGCCUCUAUCCAGAGGCCACCCGGGUCGCCUUCCUCCUCCUGGACAACCCCGCCUACCACAACCGGGUCCUCCGUCUACAAGCCGCGAUCAAGUACAGCGAGGGUGACCUGCCAGGGGCCAAGAGCCUGGUGGAGCAGCUACUGGGCGGGGAAGGGGCAGAGGACAGUGGGGGCGAGAACGAGCCCGAUGGUCAGGUCAACCUGGGGUGUUUGCUCUACAAGGAGGGACAGUAUGAGGCCGCGUGUUCCAAGUUCUUUGCGGCCCUCCAGGCUUCUGGCUACCGGCCUGACCUUUCCUACAACCUGGCUUUGGCCUAUUACAGUAACCGACAAUAUGCCUCCGCUCUAAAACAUAUUGCCGACAUUAUUGAACAUGGCAUCCGCCAGCACCCAGAGCUAGGUGUGGGCAUGACCACUGAGGGUAUUGAUGUUCGAAGUGUUGGCAACACCUUAGUCCUUCACCAGACUGCCCUGGUGGAAGCCUUCAACCUCAAGGCAGCCAUAGAAUACCAGUUGAGAAACUAUGAGGUGGCCCAGGAAACCCUCACUGACAUGCCACCCAGGGCAGAAGAAGAGUUGGACCCGGUGACCCUGCACAACCAGGCGCUAAUGAACAUGGAUGCCAGGCCUACAGAAGGGUUUGAAAAGCUACAGUUUUUGCUCCAACAGAACCCCUUUCCCCCGGAGACCUUUGGCAACCUGCUGCUGCUCUACUGCAAGUAUGAGUAUUUUGACCUGGCAGCAGAUGUCCUGGCUGAGAAUGCCCAUUUCACUUACAAGUUCCUCACACCCUAUCUCUAUGACUUCUUGGAUGCCUUGAUCACUUGCCAGACAGCCCCUGAAGAGGCGUUCAUUAAGCUGGAUGGGCUAGCAGGGAUACUGACUGAACAGCUCCGGAGAGUCACUAAACAAGUACAGGAAGCAAGACACAAUAGAGAUGAUGAAGCUGUCAAGAAGGCAGUGAAUGAAUAUGAUGACACUCUGGAGAAGUAUAUUCCUGUGUUGAUGGCCCAGGCCAAAAUCUACUGGAACCUUGAGAAUUAUCCAAUGGUGGAAAAGAUCUUCCGCAAAUCUGUGGAGUUCUGUAAUGACCAUGAUGUGUGGAAAAACAUGUCAAAACACAUGAUUGUGCUUCGUGACAGUGUUAUUCAAGAAUGUGUCCAGUUUCUAGAACAAUGUGAACUCUAUGGGAGAAACAUACCUGCUGUUAUUGAACAACCUCUGGAAGAAGAAAGAAUGCAUACUGGAAAGAAUACAGUCACAUAUGAAUCCAGACAGCUAAAAGCUUUGAUUUAUGAGAUUAUAGGAUGGAAUAUAUAGAGAUGUCUGAUAAUGACAUGUAUAAAAAUGGUUCUGUUAUUCUAUUAUCUAUAUUUCAUCCUCUAUUUUGCUCGUAUCCAUCCUUUGACAUUUUUACAUUUGUUAAAUAUUGAGCCUUAUAAUUAAAAUAGUUUAGAUAUAACUUUUGAGAAACCUCACAAAAUGUAAUACAAUCAAAAGAACAUGUACCCUAGAAGGGUUUAUGAAAAAUUCAAAAUUGAAUGAAGAAGUUGUGUCAAAUACUCUGUAUAAUACCUAUUUUCUCAUUUGUAUUUUGUGCUUUGCUUUAACCUAAGCAAACCCUGCAUCAUAAGAUUACAUCAUCCAAAAACUAGACACUAUCAACUCCAGAACUCAGAUAAUGCAUAGGUGAUCUAGACAAUAAUUAUUUUAAGGAUUACAUGUUCUACUGCCAGCAGCUUACUCUUAGAAGUACAUUAAUUUGUAAUGGAUUCAAUUUUGGAUAGAGUAUAGUAUGUUUGUGCAGAGCUUUCCAAUAUGGAUGUAAUGCUUUAACAAAAAUUCCUUGUGUUCUAGAUGUUGCUGUUGUUCUUAAUUUGCAGGAUUCAUGGGAAAUCUAGUGCCAUAACAAAAUUAGGAUACUAUGGUGUGGAUACAAUAAACAAUUGACAAAUUUC